AUGGCCUUUGAUCUGGCACGAAUCGAAACCGUCGUCGUGGACUCGGUGGCUCUCCUUCGGUCUGUUAUAGGCGAGGUGAUGACUCUCCGAACUGAUACCCCAUCACUAUUCAUCGACCUGGAAGGCUAUCAGCUUGGUCGUCAUGGUUCAAUAUCCGUCAUGACCAUUUACGCGCCCCCAAAGGAAAAAGUAUAUCUCAUUGAUAUACACCGACUGGGAGCUGACGCAUUUUCUACUGUCAAUGUUGAUGGUAAAUCUCUUAAAUCCAUACUAGAAUCGUCGGUCAUCUUGAAAGUUUUCUUCGAUGUUCGACAUGACUCGGAUGCAUUAUUCAGCCAUUAUAGUAUCGCCAUUGACGGUGCUCGAGACGUACAGUUGAUGGAAUUGGGAACAAGAACGGGCCCGAAAGAGUUUCUCGCCAGCUUAGCAGCAUGUGUCGAGAAAGACAGCACGAUUUCUGCAAAGGAGAAAAAGACGUGGGAGAUGACAAAACUCAAUACUCGACGACUGUAUGACCCCGCACUUGGAGGACGAUACGAGAUAUUCAAUGAUCGUCCUAUUAAACCAGAAAUUGUGAAAUACUGCGUGGGAGAUGUUGCGUUGUUACCGGGUCUCUUCGUUGCCUACAACACCAAGCUAUGUCGACCUGGAGAGAAAUUUUGGGAGGUUCAGAUACUGGAAGCAACCAAGGAGAGGAUUCAGCUUUCGCAAAGCCCAAAUUUUGAUGGAACAUCUCAAGCCAACGCCCGCGGCCCUUGGACUAGGGAGGGUAUUGAAGAAGCAAUUAACCAGUGGAAUGACGACAUCAUGGAUAAUGCAAUGAAUGAGGAGGGUAAUGAUUUUGAUUUUGACUUCGAGCCUAUCUUUCAUGACUUUGAUGACGACGACGACGAUUGGCAUGACGACGGUCCGACCAGCUGCAGAGACAUUAUCCCCGACUGGGACUACGAUUACUACUACUCUGAUUAG